CAUGGUGAGAGCUGGGUCUGUGAAUAAUAUUACUAAUAAUAUUAAUGAGGGGGAGAAAUGGGUGACCCAAAAUGGCGCCAUUGAGUCCGAAUUGAAUUUCUCUAGCAGCUCAGUCAACCAUCUGUCGUGACAACCUCUUUAGAUCAACGAUGAACUGGUUAAGGGGAUGUUUACAUGAUUUGCAGCACAUUAAAAUUUGAUACGAUUUUUGUUAUAACGCUUUUAUUUUGAAUAAAUCGGGGCGGAAGUGUUUUUCUUGUUCCUGAUCGAGGAGCACCGUUACCUUGACUGUGGUCCUCAGGAGCAGCGAAGUGGGCAUCGGAUGAGAGGGUUCGCUGGGAAAGAGGAGUGAGCUGAACAAAGACCCGUUUCACAGCGGUUUAUACUCACAGCUGCAGAAUCUGCCGUUGUUGGACACGCCGCCUGAUGUUCGUCUGCUCGACGCUUGAUCCCCUUCUGCUUUCAAUGCCUCCCCUGUUUAGAGGAUGCGACGGGCCCAGAGUACUAUGCCCACCGUGGAAACAGUCAUCAGCUGCUGCUCUGCUUCAUCCUCAACACUGGAAAUAAUUUGGAGUAAUUAGGAUCGGAUAAAUAAUCGUGAAGAAGGAGGCGUCGUGCAGGGCAGACAUCACUGUCAGAGUCUCCUCCAUCCUUCCUCUGCGAGUCCCACUGUUGGUGUGAUGGCUGUGAUGUUGGUGUUUCUUCUCUCCAUGCUGCUCCUGUCCACCCAUACUCCUAGUCGAGCAUCUCUGUCCUGUCCUGUGAGCUGUCGCUGCUACAGCCUCACUGUGGAAUGUGGUUCCACCGGCCUCAGGGACAUCCCCAAAUAUGUCCCCUCAUCAACACAGACCAUCUUCCUCCAGGACAAUGUGAUUGGUCAGAUCCGUCGACAGGACCUCAUUCUGCUGAGGCACCUGCACUACUUGUAUCUGCAGAACAACACCAUCUCAGCUGUGGAACCUGGCUCUUUCCAGAACCAGGGUGAGUUGUUGGAGCUGGCUCUGAAUGGGAAUCGGAUCCACUUGGUAACAGCUGACAUGUUUCAGGGACUCGAACACCUCCGCAUUCUUUACCUGGCGGGAAAUGACAUCACACGGCUGUUGGACUACACCUUCCGUGGAUUACAGCGUUUGCAGGAACUUCAUUUGCAGCACAACAGUAUAGAGAUGUUAGCAGACCAGGCUCUGGCUGGCUUGACUUCUCUGGCCCUGCUGGACCUAAGCAGGAACAAUCUUCAUACCAUUGGCCCUGCGUCCCUGCGACCUCUUGUCAGCCUGCAGGUGCUGCGCAUCACAGACAACCCAUGGCGCUGUGACUGUGCUCUCCACUGGCUGAGGAGCUGGAUUGAUGAGGCAGGGCAGAGGCUGCUCAGCUCUGCAGAACGUCGGCUGGUCUGCACUGAGCCGCCACGUCUCUCUCACCUCAGCCUCGUCGAGGUCCCCCUCAACAGCCUGGUGUGCAUUCCUCCUUUGGUGCAGCUGGAGCCCAGGAGACUAGCUGUGCGCUUGGGAGAGAGCCUCAGGGUGUCCUGCCAUGCCUCUGGUUACCCUCGGCCACAGGUGACCUGGAGGAAGGCAUCCCAGGGGAAAGUGGUGCUUUCUCCCAGGGGCCUGGUUCAGGAGCUGGGUGCUGGAGGAGGUGGAGUAGGGGGAGCAGAGGAGGCUUCAGAGGAAGGCAGAGUCAGUCUGCAGAAGACUGAUAGCGAGCGCUUUGACCCAGACACUGGCAGUGGCAUGCUGUUUCUCAGUAAUGUGACUGUAGCUCAUGCAGGUUUCUAUGAAUGUGAAGCCUGGAAUGCAGGAGGUGUGGCCAGGGUGACCUUUCAGCUCGCCAUCAAUUCAUCCACUUCCUCUUCCUCCUCUUCCUCCUCCAUCUGGGCCUCAUGGUCCCAAGUGUCUUCACCAUACUCCCCUGCCUGGCCAAGGCUCAGGAAUCAUGGUCCUGCUUUAGGCUCAGAUGUGAGCCGGGAACCCCUCUAUGCCCUGGGCAGCAUGGCCUUCAGUGCUCUGGGAGCUGCUACUCAAACUGCCAUCGCUGUGGGCAUCUCCCUGCUGGCUCUGACCGCUCUGCUGCUGGUCGCCAUGAUCUACAGCCGACAUCACCAACGAGAUAAGGAGGCUGAUGGAGCUGAGAAGGAGGAGAGCAUCCUGUAUGUGAAUGACUAUUCUGAUGGCCCCACCACCUUUGCCCAGCUGGAGGAGUACCGUGACGAACGUGGCCAUGAGAUGUAUGUUCUCAACAGGGCCAAGCCUGUACUGCCUCCUGCUCCACCCACAGCUGUCUCUACCACUAACUUGGGUUGCCCUGCUGCAUCUGACACCUCCAGCCACACCCUCUCCUCUGGACCUGGUCAGACCAUGACUCCCACUCUGGCCCCCAACAAACAGCAGCAACAGCAGCAGGACGGUGACAUACGGACCAUGAGGAGAAUGGCAGGGGAGGGAGGGGAGGCUGAGCCUGUGAUCACAUCAGAGGCUGAAGGGAUGUUUCUUAACCACACAGGUCUGUUCAUGGACUCUCAGAUCGCCUAUGAGAUUCACUGCUAAAGGGAUGAGAGAAUCGCCUGCAACACAACCCUGAUUUGUAUGUGUUAGACAGUGAUUUAUAGCAAAACCUGUCACAUCUUGCCACUGUUGAAAUCUACCAGUAACUGACUGAAGCACUCAUUCCAAUGGUAGGAUUUACUUACUUUACAAGACUCAUCAACAGUAAUGGACUCUUAUUGGAGAAAGUUUACAUACAGUACCUGGCAGAGCUCAUAGUCUGGUUUAAAUAAGUAGCACUGGGGCUUUUCAACGGACUUACCGUGGCCUUGCCAAAAUAUCAGUGGCAAUAGCCAUUCAAAGGCCCUACAUACAAAGACAAUUUUAAGUGGACUCAGGUAUAUUCUGAGAUGCACACAACUAAGCUGUCCUGUACAUGAACAUCUGGAUCAGCAUUUAUCAGAACUACUUUCAUACCAAAACCCUUUCACCUUUCAUUGUUGUACAUCUAUGCUCUCAAGAGCUCAGACAAAGCUCACUUGUUUUAUGCAUCGUGAGUAAGGGAGAAGUCAUGAAAUUCUCCAGUACAUGAGCAUGUGGGAAUCUUUGUGAGUUUUGUAACUGUUGUUUAUGUCUUCAUUUAAUUUAAAUGCACUACAGUGAUGGUGGGAGCACGACGGCUUUUGCCACUUUUAAUUUGAAAGUGUGGGAACAUGAUCAUCACAGAAAAAUGAUCUAUGGGAAGAUUCCGUUUUCAGUAUGGGUCUUAAUCUCCCAUCAUUUGUCGUGCUGCUCAGUUCUGACUAAUCUUAUAUACAGUUCCAGAUCCCAACAAAACUAUGGUGUCUUUAUCACCACGCAUUCAACUUUAUUCUUGCUCUCUUUGGGUUACCUGGCUUCACUGAUUUUAACAUUAGUGAUUCUGGAUAAUUGGUAUCAUGAAGCAGGUUACCAAAUGGGUCAGUUAACCCUGGGUUUUCCAGUCGAGAUAUCAGUAGGUUCACAUGAAAGAGGGUUGAAAGAGAGUUCUUAGAGGCCAAUCACAUGCUACAUCAACAAGAGCAGAGUAUUUAUUUAUGAGAUUAUAUGAAACUAUUAUUACAGUGGGGAAAUUGGGCUCUUCAGGGAAGUAAACAAUACACAAUAUAAUCAAGCAACUAAAAUACAGUAGCUUUACUAAGUCACUUUUUUGCACACUUUGUGUUGUGUAGAUUUUAUUGUAAAUGGAUAAAAUUAUUUCCCUUCCAUCUACACUCAGUAACCUAUCGUGACAAAGUGAAAUCAUGUUUUUUGAAAAUGUAGCAAAAUUAUUAAAAAUGAAAAACUGAAAUCUCUCAUUGGCAGUAUUGAGACCCUUUGUAGUGGGACUCCAAGUUGUAGUCAGGUGCAUCCUGUUUGCUUUAUCUUUCAGAUUUGAUUAGAACUUUGAACCUGGAAUUCACCUAUAUCAAACUGAAUUGAUUAGAUGAUUUACUAAGGCACACACCUUUCUAUUUAAGGCCCCACAGUUCACACUGAAUGUCAGGAUGGAUCUCAUACCCUGCCCUAUAGAGAAGGACUUCCAUUGGCCUCAAGGAAGAUCAGGCAAAUUGUCAGAUAACUCAGGAAAUGGCUCAACCUUGACGAAGCUGUGUUCAGCAGGGAAGAAAACUACACACCCUGACUAAGGAUAUUGUUGGGUGGUGGAAAGAGCAUUUUAAGGAACUCCUGUGCUCAGGCAACACUGUGAACAAGACAGAAUCUGAAGACUUGGGACAAGCCUCACCCAUAUCCCCGGCAGAGGCCUCUGAUGCAGCGAUAACAGUAACAAUAAGGCACCAUGUGUGGAUCAGACCUGAGAUGCUGAUGUCUCUGGACAUUGUUGGACUGUCUUGGCUGAUGCAGCUCUUCAGUAUCACAUGGGAUCGGCUGCAGUCCUAACUACAGUGAGAGCUGUGUCCAUAUUCACAGCAAGAAGUCAAGCAUGUUUCCCAUUGGUGAUGGCCUGUGUCAGAGUUGCCCCUUUCAAGGUGCCAGCUAGGGAGAAGAAAGUGCCCAGUUGGGGACUUCAGAAAUAUGUCUCUGCUUUUAGUUGAUGUGGUUGUGUUGGCUUCAUCAGAUUGUGAUCUUCAGCAUGCUCUGUGGUGGUCUGCAGCUGAAUGUGAAAUGGCUGGAAGGAGAGUUGAGCUGAGUUUAAGUCUGAGGCCAUGCUUCUCUGCUGAAAAAUGGUAGAUUGUUCCCUCUUGGUUGGGAGUGAGUUGCUGGGCAAGUGAAGUAUGCUCAGGUUUUAUUAGUCAGUAAUGAUAAAAUGAAGCGUGAGACUGACAGGUGGAUUGGUGCACCGAUGGGGUGGAAGCUGACCCGGAGGGCAAAGCUUUUGAUUUAUCAGUUGACAGUUGGUCAUUAGCUUUGGGUAGUGACCAGAAUGAGAUCAAAGAUACAAGUGACUGCUCCCUCCAUAGGUUACCUGGGCUCAGCAGGAUAAAGAAGUCAGACAUCCAAAGAGUGGGGCUGCUGCUCUUCCAGUUGAGAGGAUCUUAUCGGGGUGGCCCCUUCGAUUGGAGGUUUUCCAGGCAAAUUCAACUGGUAGGAGACCCCAGGGUAGACCUACAACUAGGGCUGGGCGAUAUGGGAAGAAAUCAUAUCAUGAUAUGAUAUCGGUCGAUAUCAAUAUACGAUGGGGGAAAUAAUUAUCUGAUCCCCUGCUGAAUUUGUAAGUUCGCCCAUUUACAAAGAAAUUAAUGGAAUUUUUAUGGAUUUUUAUGGUUGUUUACUGAUUAUGGCAAUAGACAGAAUAUCAGUCUAAAAUGCAUAAAAAAACACACAAUGUAAAAGUUAUAAAAUGUUGUGCAUUUUAUUGAGUGAGACAGUUAUUGCCGCUGCUGCAAUAGCCUAUUGUAAAUUUGCAAAAUAUCCAGUUGAGCUGAGAGGGAAAGCGAGAAAGAUGAGACAAAGACAGCAAAUAGUAGCUAACAUUAAGUCCAAUUUGUAUUUAUAUUUUGUAUUUUCUACUGGGACAAAUCCCACAGUUUUUAUCAGCUGAGUCUGUCUCUACCGGCUCUCUGUACCUGUCAGUCCUCUGUCAUUCGGGGGCUGUGUCUCUUGGGGCAUCUUCGUCAGUAAUGCUGUCGCUUGAGUUUUCGUUUUCUGUUAACAUAGAAAAAUAACAUUUUCUGUCGCCAUUUUCGCUGCAGUACCCAAAACAUCAGCACAUGUGCUACUCCUGCGCUCUGUCUGCGUCAACCUAACCUGACGUGUCUAACUCUGUUCCAGCCACAUGAUUGGUUUGGCACAGUGCUAUUCUCAUUAUCAUUGGCCUUUCAUAUUGUCUGUCAGUUCUUUUGAUGUUGUUAUCGACAAUGUUUUUUAUGUCUAUCAAGGAGAGGUUCUAUCAUGAUAUAUAUCAAUAUUGUUUUAUCGCCCAGCCCUACCUAGAACACAGUGGAGCAAUCAUACAUCUCCUCUGGCCUGUGGACCUCACACCUCAGGAUUGCCCAGGAGGAGCUGGAAAAAAUGCUGCUGGGGAGUGGAGAUGUGUGAACUUGCUGUUGCACUGUGACCCAACACCAAAUAAGCGGUAGAAAAUGGAUGAAUGGAUGGCUGGACAUAUAUAACACAUACAUAUGAUGAUUUAAGAAAAAAAGUUAUUGAACUAUGGGUAUCUACCGUGUUUGACAAAAAUGUUUUAUGUUUCAUUGCCUGUUUUUUUCACAUAAUUUAGGUGCCAUAUUCAGACAGCUAAUGACAAAAAUGUCCAAAGUUCCAAUUGGUGUCAGUCUUUUCAAUUGUACAAAAAAAUAAACAUUUUGUCAAUCUAA